UCACCUCCUACCUCGAAGUGCAAAAGAAGAGUUUUAUCCCACAGUGUCUUUGCCCUGUCUUGACCUUGAGAAGGGCAUGUGGCUUUCCACUUCUGAGACAGCAAUAGGGAACAGUCACAGUGGAAAGUGUGGAGGUUUUUCUCAACGUAAUUUUUUUUCCAGUGGGUCUUCAGGUAUCACAGCCAUUCUGUGAAAUCGAUUUGAGAGGCUGCACUUUGUUCUGGUGUGGCUUGUUCAACUGUAAGGAAGAAACCUGAUUUAUGUAUGUCUGGCUCAAAGCCUAGCUUAGAGCAAGAAUGUGACCCUCAAACCUUGCAAGCUGGAAAGUCUAUCUGUCUGCCACUAGCCGAGCAACAGAGGGAAUACACCGGUGAGAAUUUUCACUUAUCCUUUCAGCUGGAGCAGAGAAGCCUUGGUCUGUGCAGGAGCACCGUGGCAACACUGCAGCAUAAAUUAGUGAUUUCCUAAAUCAAAAUACCUGUUAUUGCCAGAAAAAUGCCUUCCUUGAGGGGGAAAGCACAGACUGUCUUGGGCCCUGUGGAGCCAGAGCACCUUGGCUAUACAUUGACUCAUGAACACUUAGCCAUGGACUACAGCUGCAGUUUUUCACCACCUUCUCCAGGUCAAGAGCCUCUGUCUGAUGGGCCCAUUGAGAUGAAGAAUUUGUUUUGGAUUAAGCAAAAUCCCUACAGCCAUAAAGAAAACCUUCUUCUGUAUCAGGAAACAGAUGCUGUGAAGGAGGAGCUGUUGCGUUUUAAAGCAGCAGGUGGUGGGACGAUUGUGGAAAACACGACUACAGGAAUUGGUCGAGAUAUGAAUACUUUGAAGAAACUUGCUGAAGAAACUGGAGUCCAUAUUAUUGCUGGGGCUGGGUUUUAUGUGGAUUCUACUCAUUCUUCUCAAACACAGGCCAUGACAGUGGAGCAGCUUACAGGCAUUAUUGUUGAUGAGAUACUCAAGGGAGCGGAUGGGACCGACAUCAAGUGUGGUGUGGUGGGAGAAAUAGGUUGCUCCUGGCCUUUGACUCAGAGUGAACACAGAGUGCUGCAGGCAACAGCACAGGCUCAGUCACAGCUCGGGUGCCCCAUUAUCAUCCAUCCUGGCAGGCACAGCGAUGCACCUUUCCAGCUUAUCCGCAUUCUGCAGGAAGCUGGGGCUGAUGUUUCAAAGACAGUCAUGUCUCACCUCGACAGGACCAUAUGUGAUACAAAGAAACUUCUGGAAUUUGCUGAACUUGGAUGCUAUUUAGAGUACGACCUAUUUGGUACAGAAUUUCUUCAUUAUCAGUUCCAUCCUGAUACUGACAUGCCGAGCGACAAUGACAGAAUUACAAGGAUUCGUAUACUGGUCGAUGAAGGCUAUGAAGACAGAAUUCUGAUGGCUCAUGAUGUGCAUACUAAGCAUAGGUUGAUGAAAUAUGGAGGCCAUGGAUAUUCACAUAUCCUUAAAAAUAUAGUUCCUAAAAUGCUGAUUAGAGGCAUAUCCCAAGACAAAAUUGAUAAAAUACUCCUAGCAAAUCCAAAGCGGUGGCUGACUUUUAAGUAGGAAUAAUGAAUAAACAUUCUUAUUUUAUAGGGAACCUUGAUAAAAUUCACGUUUGUUUCAGGAGAGCAGUCAUUUUAAAACAUGGUUCUUUUCAGAGAAGCUGGAAGUUAUUAGUUAGAUGUGAACAAACCGAUUAUGAUUUUUCUCUUUAAUGAGAAAAACAAAAUAAUAUCUAUCCUCUCUGCAUUUUCUCCCUUCUAAAAGUCUAUUCAUGAAUAAUUUACCAGAUGUGAGCCUACCUGCAAAAUCUUUUCUAUUGAAAUUUUAAAAUUAUUGUUUCUACAAGGUAAUCUAAUACUACUAUUAAAUGUUACCCAAAGUAGUAUUGAAGAUGCAUCAUCUGGAUUUUGAAGGAAAUUACAGUUUUCAAUUAAAUUCUCCUUCUCCAGGGGGUGAUUUUAAUCCUUGUAAUAUUGACAAUGUUCUAAUUAUCCUUAUAUUCUUUAAAUAAUGCUUGCUAAAAGGUCUGUGACUUUUACAUAGCUUCCACAGACAACAGAAGGCAAAAAGAAUCUCAAGUAAUUCUAAAAAGAUACUGUUUCUUUCUAGUUCAUCAACUUAAUUUUAACUGAAAGUGCAAAAAUUACUGUGAAAUAUAUUUCUGAAUAAAGCAAUUUGAUGACUUCUUAAACUA